AUGUUAAAUAUAUACCAAAUCAAUCAAUCUUUUUAUAAAUCAGCCUUUUCAUAUCUGUUGAUAGAUCGAUCGAUUUCAAUCUAUCUAUCUAUCUAUUUUAGUCUGUCCGUAUCUAUCUAUCUAUCUAUCUAUCUAUCUGUCUGUCUGUCUCCAAUCCGCAUAUCCAUUCCCCAGCCCGUUCCUCUCUGUCUGUCCAUCGAUCAAUUCCAACCCGGACCAAUCGAUCUCUCUCCUGAACUUCCCUUAUUUAUCUCUCCGACUUAUCUUACAACUGCGUCCAUCUUUCGAGCUAGCGAUCAAUUCAUUAUUGUAUCUACAUACAUACCGACUUGCGCACCUCCUCCUCCCUCUUCGACCGAGUCUUCCUCUCCUCUCACCUGUUCCUUCAACUUUCCUUUACAGUUGCUACCUUUUUCUUUUUUUUUCCUGGGAAAAAUUUCCCUCUCUAAAAACAUCUCCAAACCAACAGCCUGUCACGCGAAAGGCGCUUGCCAGUAUUUAUAA